GUAAGCCUUCUUUGGUUGGGUUGGUAACAUUUCAUCCAAUCUCCAUUUCUAUAUAUUGUUUAAAAUGGCCUUUACACCCCCCCCCCACCAAUGAAUGAAACUAAGAGACUUUUCUCAGAUCUAAUGACUGUAGUUGGACUUCUUUAGCUGCAAGUUGUCUGUAUAAGUAAAUAUACGCUGUUAACAUACAGUAGAGGGCAGCAAUACGCCAUUGCAGCGUCUAGUCUGCCUUCUUCUAAAGAAGAAGAGGGUGAGAGAGCCCAGAGACCGUUGUUGGCUCAUUUCGUGUCAUCAUGGAGGAGAAACCUCCGUUGAAGUUACCUCUGCCGCGGUUAUUUACCAGCCCUACUAACAAAAAGGCCAAGAAAAGAAAGACCACAGCGGAGAAGGCGGCGACCAAACGGGCCGCGGAUAUCGCGAGAGCACAGACGAGAGUGAACAUCGGCUCUGCUUUCCAGCGAUGGCGGCGUUUGAAGAAGCUGAAAGGAAUGAAAACAGACGCGUCGGUCGCGCUGUUUCUGCUGGACAUUUACGACGGGAAUCAGUCGACGUCGUCACCAUGGAAACACGGCUCGGUUUCGGAGGCUGUCUCCGACCGAGACGAUGACUUCUCGGUAGCUGGAGUCCAGGAAUCAGACGUCAGCAGUUCAGACGAGACGGCUCGCCAGCAAUCGGAUGCGAGUUACAAAGCAGGACCGUCGUCCACGGCGACUCCUCCUGGCAGCAGACAUGGAGGACGGCGCUGUCAAACCCCCUCCAGUGACUCGCCGUCAGACCGGACUGAGUGGAAGGACGAGGACGAGGACGAGGACGAGGACGCGUGGGAGACGGCGAGUGAAGACAGCUGUUCUGACGAAGGUUUCCCGUCCAUCAGUCUGAGACGGAGGAAAAGAAACCUGUCUGACAGCUGAAGAGUUUCAUCGUCUAGUUCUUCAGAGGAAACAUCAUCCAAUGGAUGAACGGCGUUUUGGCGUCCGUCCCAGCGGAGCAGCGGUGGGGGGGGGCUGCCGAGAUCGCCUGGGCGACGGACUACGAGACGUUCGGGGGGCAGAACUCUCAGACAGAACGGAUUA